UCGAAAGUUUCAAUAGUUCUACUCYUCUACUCUAUUUUGGUUGUCAAUAUUUUUGGAUUACAUUGUAUGAUACGUUUUUAUCUAUACGGUGAGGAUUAUCGAUAGACAUAGGUACGUGUUGGGAAAGCGAAACAAAUAAAUACAUAUUAUUACUCGCAUAAUAUAAUAUAAUAUAAUAUACAACAUAUACGUAUAUAAUAUAACAAUUAAAUUUCUGAGCAGGUUUUACCAUGUCUGUUUUGAAUCAUAUGUGUGAUGAUCAGCCCGAGUGCCCAUUGUGCAUGGAAGCGUUUGAGGUGGAUGACUUGAACUUCUUUCCAUGUACAUGUGGCUACCAGAUAUGUCGUUUCUGCUGGCAUCGUAUUCGUACCGAUGAGAAUGGCUUAUGUCCAGCAUGUCGUAAACCUUAUCCCGAGGAUCCGGCUGAUUUCAAGCCGCUUAGUCGAGAAGAAGUAGCUAAAUUAAAAGCAGAGAAACGACAAAAACAUCAACAAAAAAAGAACAAAAUCACUGAAGAUAGAAAAGUGUUAAAUAACAUGCGGGUACUGCAAAAAAACUUAGUGUUUGUAGUUGGUCUGCCUAAUCGGAUAUCAGAAGCUGAAACGCUCAAGAAACAUGAAUAUUUUGGAAAAUUUGGGAAAAUAUUAAAAGUUGUUAUAAAUCAAAGUACUUCGUAUAUUGGCACACAGGGUCCAAGUGCAAGUGCUUAUGUAACAUACUCAAGAUGCGAAGAUGCGCUUAGGGCUAUACUUGCUGUCAACAAUGUCAUUAUAGAUAAUAGAAUAUUAAAAGCAUCUUUGGGUACAACAAAAUAUUGUUCAAAUUUUAUGAAAAAUCAACCUUGUCCAAAAACUGAUUGCAUGUAUUUACACGAUAUGGGAGAACCAGAAGCAAGUUUUACAAAAGAUGAAAUGCAGCAGGGUAGACAUCAAGAAUAUGAAAAGAAAUUAUAUGAGCAAUACAAUGUUGUGUUAAGUAGAAGACCAGAAAAUUCUCCUCCUAUUCAAAUUUCUUCAGGUAAUAAUGGUAUGAUUGAAAAUUUGUCACAAAAUAACAAAGAAUCUUGGCCUUCUCUCAAUAAUGGUACAUCACGCAAUGAUUCCCCAGUUGAAGAUGAUAAAUUAUAUGAAGUUGAAUUUAAUUUAACUAAUCACAAUUCACACUCUGAUAAAACUUUAGAAAAAGGGGAAUCUCAAAAUGUUAAAAUCAAUGGUCAUAAAAACAAAAAGAAAUCUAGUUCACCAGAAAAUAGGAAAGGUAAGGUCAAAACUCCAAGUUCUAUACCUUCAGCUGAAGAAGAACAAUUAAGUACAUUAGAUGGUGAAUGUACUGAAAAUAAAAGAAAUUUGAUUAAAGAAAUUUGGAAUAAUGAACCAUCUCUUAGCAAUAACCAAUUAGAAAACGAAACCCAAAGCGAAUCAUUAUUUGAAAAUCCACAAAAGCCAGCUUCAAUAUUUGAACAAGAUAACAAUAAUUCAUUUUUCUCUUCAAAUUUCUCUAAAUUAACAAAUGGUAAAACCAGUCCUGUAAUAAACAGUGAACCCGAUUGGAGUCCUCCAGUUAGUGCAAUUUUACCUCCAAUACCAGAUGUCCUACCACAAGUACAAACAUCUGAAGAUUGGCAAGCAGCAUUUGGUUUCUCAAAUAGUAGUAAUAAUUCUCAGAAUAAUUAUCCAUCUUCUGAUUUAAAUAGAACAAUGUUAAAUUUACCAUCAGAUGAUGAAAUAUUUGAUUCAGUUUCGGUUACACAACGUGCACUUUCAGAAUAUAUGGAACAACAAAAUCAUAUUAAUAUGUAUCAAUCUAGACUUCAAAAUUCCGGGUUUCCUUAUUGCACAAAAUUAAUGGAUAAUCUUCAUAUAAACAAUACAGCUCCAACAAGAACAUGUUUACCGCCUCCUGGAUUUUCAUCGGCUCCUAAUCAAGUCAAUUCCUAUGGUAUCAGUAUUCCUCGUAACACAGGUAACACUAAUAAAUUACCACAAAAUAAUCCAUUUGCAUUACAACAACAAUUACGUCAGUCAUCUUCUCAUAAUUUGGAUUGGUCAUCAAUAGAUCCAGCAAUAGUUACAGCAACUCCACAUUGCAAUUUAUAUACAACACCACCACCACCACCAGGUUUUAAUAUGAGACAAUCGUUUGAUACAAAUCUAUGGUUGUUCAACAACCUCAUAUAAAUGUGCCUUUACCUCCAUGUGAUACUUGCGCAAAAAAAAAGAAAUAGUAAUGCAGACAUUUAUUUCAAUUUUGAUAAUGAAAUUCUAACAAAAUCCAUGCAAUAUAUUAUAUAUUAAUUUAUUGGAUUGUUUACAAUUCAAGGAAAUAAAAAUUGCCAAACAUUAAUUAUUAAUACAUUUAUUAUCUUAAUUAUUAUUCUUAUAUAUUAUACAAAUUGAUUAUCUUAAAAUAUUUAGAGCUUCUUUCAACAUAAUUUUAUUAUUAUUUCAUUUAGUUAAUAGUUCUUAAAACAUCGCCUAAUCAAUUAUUAACUCUGUUGAAAUUUCUGGAGGUAAAUACGUACUGUGCAAAUGGAAUAUUAAAACAAUUUAUUAAAUUCUUAUAUUGAUUACUGUUUUAUUUGCUCAAAACCAUGUUAUUGAAUUGAGUAAAUGACAAAUAAAUGAAAUGAGAUAUUGUCUA